AUGAUCGGUAGCUCCACGUUCUCUUCUAAUGUUUCAACUUAUUCGAUUGUUCAGGGUCUUCAACCUCUUGUCGAUCACUAUUGUUGUCUGGAAGACAUGACGAUCAGUUCCAAUUAUCUGAUGAUAAGUGAUUUGAGGCCUAACAUUACUGAUAAGUUGCAAGUACAUGUGAUGGUCACACAUGUCAUUGGGAAUCUUUGUGAGUGGGGUUCUCUGGAGGAAACAUCACGACCAUCUAACUCAUGUAAAGUUGGAUUGCGAAAGAUUGUUCUUUCUGAUCAAAGUGAUAUGAAAGUGAGUAUAACAUUGUGGGGUAAGUUGGCCAAGAAGUACACCGAUGAACAUAUCAACAGUUUUAACGAGAUGAAAAUUGUACUCAUUGAUGACUUGCGUAAUGUCAAAGAUGAGGGUUUCAGUGCUUCUAUUUUGGAAUUACAUCAUACAGAAUGUAAAGAUGAUGAUGUUGGUUUAUUUCCGAUUCAAACAAAUGUUGUUGAAUCAGUGUCACCUAAAUCAGCAACAUCAACAAUAACGGAUGCUUCUGGUAAUAUGAAAGAUGAUGCUAUUGUGGCACCUAUGUAUGAGGUUGCUUUUAAUAGUAAUGAAAAUGAUGGUGUUACAAAAAGUGUAUCUGAUGAAAAGGAUGUGGAAGAUAGUGACAGAUGUGACAAUGUUGGUGACGAUACUAUUGAAGAUGAUAUUUCUAAGACACAUAUCUCCAUAUGUGGUUUACAAGAUGGUGGAGAAAGUGAAGUUGGUGAUGAUACUAUUGAAGAUGAUAUGUCUAAGACACCUAUCUCCAUAUGUGGAUUACAAGAUGGUGGAGAAAGUGAAGAUGCUUGUGCUGUUAUUGAAGUUGAUUCUUCUGAAAAAUCGUUUAUCGGAUCCUCAAUAACACCAAUGAAGCGUCGACUACCACGAUUGUGUGACGAGUCUUUGGAAGAUGACAAUGUUGGUUGA